CCGCCCCCAGUUUGCUGGACGGCCCGCAAGGAUUUGAAACCGUUUGGCUGUGGCGGCGGGGCGUCGGCUGCCGAGUGGACGGCUUGCUUGUUGGGGCACCAGACAGGAUUAUGGAAACAGGAAGUGAAGAAGAAAAAUGGGAGAAGCUUGAUGCAGAGUUUGAUCACUUUGUGGUAGAUAUGAAGCCCUUUGUUCUAAAAUUACCCCACCGAUCAGAACGGCAGAGGUGUGCUCUUUGGAUCAGAAAGCUGUGUGAGCCCUCAGGAACAGGUGCAGGACUCAUGGGUAGGAAGAAUCGAAACCUGUAUGCAAAGCUGUUACUGCAUAUGCUUAGACGAGGGAUACUCGAAGGCCCUUUUACACACCGCCCUGAGCCAGGGACACUGAAAGCAUUGCCGUCAUACAUGUCCAUCUAUUUUGAUGAACCAAAUUCCUCACAACCAAAAGAUUCAAGCCCAGAGAAGUUACCUGACUGGGUAAUGGGUGAGCUGGAGACAGGCAAGCAGAGAUUAAAUGACUCAUGGCAGUGUUCUUCUGGAGAGGACAACACGCUGGUGCUGUCGGCAAGUGAUGCUCACAGUAGAGAACAGUGCACUGGAAAUCUCCGAAUGCGGUCCCAUUCUGUGAGUCCAACGUAUAGAGAAGACAGACAACACAUUACUUCAAAGAUCUCCGAAGUUCAUUCAAAAAAGUCUCCUAUUUCUUUGGAUGACAGUGACAUUGAAGUUCGCCUGAACAGUUGGAAUCUUGGGAUUGAAAAUCCCCGGUACCUGAGACAGAAGCCUCUCCCAGUUUCUCUGAUGACUCCAAAGGCCAGCCUGAGGAAGGCUGGCAGUCUUCACGAUGAUCGUUUUCUCUCUCGAAUGCAUGAGAAAGAGUUGGACAUGAAAACAAAAAUGAUGGAAGCCAAGUUUUCUGAAGAGAAACUUAAGCUGCAGCAGAAGCAUGAUGCCGAGGUACAGAAGAUUUUAGGAAGAAAGAAUAAUGAAUUAGAAGAGUUGAAAAUCUUAUACAAAAAGAAACAAAAUGAAACUGAGGAGACCAUACGAAAGCUUGAAAAGAAAGUUCAGAUUCUUAUACGUGACUGUCAGGUUAUCAGAGAAACUAAAGAAAACCAGAUAACUGAGCUGAAGAAGAUAUGUGAGCAAAGCACAGAAUCUCUGAAUAAUGAUUGGGAAAAAAAGCUUCACAAUGCUGUAGCAGAAAUGGAAAAGGAAAAAUUUGAGCUUCAAAAGCACCAUACGGAGACCAUUCAGGAACUGCUGGAGGACACAAAUGUGCGUCUGAGUAAGAUGGAGGGAGACUACAUGGUGCAGACGCAGUCCACAAACCACAUGAUCAAGGAACUGGAGGGCCGUGUCCAGCAACUGAUGGGAGAAGCAGAGAACAGCAAUCUACAGAGGCAGAAAUUGACCCAAGAGAAAUUGGAGCUGGAAAGAUGCUACCAGCUAACAUGUAAUGAAUUACAGGAGUUAAAGACAAGGCGUAACAUACUACAUAAAGAGAAAGAACAUCUUGUAAACGACUAUGAGCAAAAUGUGAAAUUAUUAAAAACCAAAUACGAUUCUGACAUAAAUCUCCUGAGACAAGAGCAUGCACUUACAACUUCUAAGACAUCCAGUGUGAUUGAAGAGUUAGAACAGAACAUCUGUCAGUUAAAACAGCAGGUCCAGGAGUCGGAGCUUCAGCGGAAACAGCAAGUCAAAGAUCAAGAAAAUAAGUUUCACAUGGAGAAAAACCAUUUAAAACACACCUAUGAGAAAAAGGUUCAUGAACUGCAGAGUGAACUUGAUAAAGAGAAAGAAGAUGCUCAGAAGAAGAUCCAUAAAUUUGAGGAAGCUUUGAAGGAGAAGGAGGAGCAGCUCAGCAGAGUGACUGAAGUUCAGAAGUUGCAAGCCCAGCAGGCAGAUGCUGCUCUGGAGGAGUUUAAGCGGCAGGUGGAAGUGAACUCUGAGAAGGUGUAUGGUGAGAUGAAAGAGCAGAUGGAAAGAGUGGAAGCAGACCUAACUAGAUCCAAGUCUCUUCGUGAGAAGCAGUCGAAGGAGUUUCUGUGGCAGCUGGAAGAUGUCAAGCAGAGAUAUGAGCAGCAGAUAGUAGAGCUGAAGCUGGAGCAUGAACAGGAGAAGACGCACCUAUUACAGCAGCAUAGCGCAGAGAAGGAUAGCCUAGUCCGAGACCAUGAUCGGGAAAUUGAAAACCUGGAGGAACAGCUUCGCGCUGCCAAUAUGGAGCACGAAAAUCAAAUUCAAGAGUCCAAGAAACGAGAUGCACAGGCUAUUGCUGACAUGGAGGCCCAGGUUCACAAGCUGAGGGAAGAGCUAAUCAAUGUCAACUCCCAGCGGAAGCAGCAGUUGGUAGAACUUGGUCUUCUUCGGGAAGAAGAAAAGCAGAGAGCUGCAAGAGACCAUGAGACCGCCGUCAAGAAGCUAAAGGCUGAGUCAGAGAGGGUGAAAAUGGAGCUGAAAAAGUCGCACGCCGCCGAGACUGAGAUGACUCUGGAGAAGAUGAUGAACUUAGAGUUGUCCUUUUCCUGUGGGUCUGUGAGCUGUAAUGAGCUACUAUAGCACCUCCAAGCCUAACAAGAAUUUGUGGAAGAAAAAAUUUACAAGGCCAACUUGGAAAACCUAGAAAUGAUACAGAACUCAGAGACAAUGAAUCAGUAUUCACUUAUGGUGAGGCAUGGAUUGUGUGUGUGUUUGUGUAUGUGUGCAUGUAUAUGUGUGUGUACUUAUGUGUGGGGCCAAAUGUGUGAGUGUAACUGCAUAUUUACAUAUAUGUAAGUGAAUCUUUUGUUCUUAUAUUUUGAGGUGGCAUCUUUUAUCACACCCAGAGUUCUAUGCUCUAUCUUGUCUAAGUAGUUUGUUUGUUCUAGGAAUUCCCUAUCUCCACUUCCUGCCUGCUCGGAUUACAAACAAACACCAUGCCUACCUAGGUUUUACUGAGCUCCAGGGAUCCAAACUCAAGUCUUCAUGCUUAUGUGGCAAAUGCUUUAUACACUGAGCCAUCCCUCCAGACCCUAAGGGUUAGAAUUUUAAUGUGUGUGGGUGACUUCCAUGGUAAACCUCCUCUGAAUGGUGAAAGAGUAAUUUUUUCUACUAAAAGCUAAGAUUUUUUUCUUUUUGAUAGGAUACCAAGUCAAAUAUUUCAACUAAGUUAGCUUAUUAUCUCCUCUGUAACAAGAGGCAAUGUAUUCUUCUUGUUUUUCCCUCUUCUUUUCUAUCUUUUUUGAGCAUCACUUCUCACCCUUCCCUACUUUAUCCUGUUCCUGUGAAGCACCUGUCUCAUAGGAAGUUCUCUAAAGCAACACCGAGUCAUUUCUGGGUGUUCAUUUGUUAAACAAAAGAGAAGGGUUUCUUUCUCUUAUGCUUAUAUACAAAUGAUAAGCAUACUGAGAAGACUUGAGGGAAACAAUACCUUUCAUUAGGGGUAACUCUAACCAAGCAAGUGAAUGACCUAUAUUAUAAAAACUUUACAACACUGAAGAAGCCAUCAGAAAAAUGGGGGUAUCUGCUAUGUUCAUGGAUCAGUAGGAGCGAUACUGUGAAAAAGGCCAUCCUAUCAAAAGCAGUCUAUAGGUGAAAUGCAAUCCCUAUCAAAGUUCUUACACAAGUCCACACAGAAAUUGAAAAAAAAAUUGUAAAAUUCACAUAGAAGCACGCACGCAUGCGAGCACUCGCGCGCGCACACACACACACACACACACACACACACACACACACACACACACGAACAAAAGAAAAAACAGGAUAGGUUGGUAGGUAAACGAGUCUUGAUUGAUAACAUCAUUGCUGGGGGUGUUCAUAUCCCAGAUUUCAAGUUGUGCCACUGAGUUAUAGUUAGGAAAACAGCAGGGAAUUGGCAUAUUAAUAGUCGGGUUGAUUACUGAAAUGGAAUUAAAGACCCGGACAGAACUCCAUAUACCCUCAAACACCUGAUUUCUUCUUCCUUCCUUCCUUCCUUCCUUUUUUUUUUUUUUAACAAGGAAGCCAAAAAUACUCAUUGGAGUAAAAACAGUGUCUUCAGCAAUGGCAUUGGUCAAACCUGAUAGCUGCAUGUAAAAGAAUGAAAAUAGAGGGGCUGGAGAGAUGGCUCAGUGGUUAA